GCCGGGGAUAUAUUUCUGCGCUGGUCGUUUGAUUGAUUAUGUGGUUCAUUAGGAAGCUUUAUCCUUAGGGUUUCUCUUUACUUGUCUUUAAAUUGUUUGUCAUUCUACUAUUUUUCAUUUGUAAAUGCAAGUGGUUUUCAAGUGUCAGUAUUGUCAUUGGUCUAAGUGUUAUAUAUCCUUGCUUCCAGAUUCCUUCGGAGACGUACUUUUGUUGAUAUUCUUAACAGCAACCUCCUAUCUUUUUGUACACAAACCUUCAUAGGAAGAGGCUUUCAUUAUCCUGAUGUUUUAUUCAGGUCGUCAUUUGGUGUCUUUUGACGGAAAAGACCGGAUCUUAAACAUAGAUAUCGAGCUAGGUUGUUCUUCAGACCUAAAAAAGGAUCUAGAAAUAAGAUUGACAGAUGACGAUGACUUUUGUUUUCUUUAUUUCAUUAGAAUUACCGUUGAUGAGUUUACUGAAAUUAAACAGCAGCAAGGUUUGCUCAUUAAUUUCAACGAAUUUGAACAGAAAGUAGCAGAUCUCUUGUGCAUUUGUUCACAAGAGGAGGCUAUCGAAACUCCGAAAUAUGGACUUCGGUUUUCCAGAAACACUGAAGAAAGAGAUUGCGGUUUAUUGCAGAUAAUUGAGGCCACCAAUUUCAAAUAUCUUCACCAUUUGAGUCUCAAUUUGUAUGCAGCUGAUGACGAAAAGCUUAAACUAUUUCUAGCAAGCCGUUUAAAAAAACAUAAAGCUGAAAGCGAUGCCAUUAUCAGGCAACUUAGCCAUUCUGUAUCCGAAUUGACGUCGUCUCUGAAAUCUGCAGAGGAGGGUACGAAGUUAAUAAAAGACGAGUUCCAAGCGUUCAAAGUAGCAUGUUCAGCUAAAGAACUUAGUCUUCGCUCCGAGAAUGAGUUUGCUAUCAGGGAAUUGCAAUCGAAACAUGAUGAGGUUCAGCCUUUUGUCAAUAGUUAUAAAUUCUUAGGUAAAAACGAAGUUAGAAGAAUCUCUUUCCAAAGAAAAAGAUUUAGCCAAUCAAAUACAAGAGGAGCUUCAAAAGGACUUUAAAAGUCGUUUGGAUUUAGCAUUGAACAAUAACAAAAAUCUACGGGAUCAACAGUCUGUCCUUCAAACACGCGUAGAAACACUCCAGGAGAAACUAAAGUUUGCAGAAACUGAAAAUAUUUCUUUAACUGAAGAUAUCAAAAUUGUACGUUCUCAAUUGGAUACAACCAACCGGGCAUAUGAUCUACAAACAGAAAUGGCUAAUCAGUUACAAAGUAAAAUAUCUAUAUUAGAAGAAAAUAUGAUUACCAAAGGUAAACAAAUACUGGACUUAGAGAAUUCGUUAACUAAAGAACACGAACAAAAGUUGCAUUUACUUGAACAAUCAGAACAACAUUGUCGUAACAUACAAAAUUUGGAGAAACAUUUAGCUUCGAAUACAGAGGAAAUAAAUAAAUCCAAUGAAAUCAUUAAACGCUUACAAAGUGAAGUCAAGAGUUUCCAAACAAAGGCUAAAUUACGUGGUCAAGUAGCAGCGGAACAGGAGCGUUUACUAGUUUCCAAAGACUCUGAAAUUCAGAGACUACAUACCGAACUAGACAAAUUAAGAUCGGAAAUCACGAAUGUCAAAAAGCUCAACACUCAGAUUGUUGAAGAGCAUGAUCAAACCUUGCAAGGUUUAACAGAUGCUCAGAAAACAAUCAAGUCCAAUGAAAUAAUUAUCGCUUGGUUGAAUCGCCAGAUUGCCGAGAACGAUUCAGAUUAUGUACAAAAUCGCUUGAAGCUUUCAGCGUUCCCAGUAAUAAGUGUGUCUUCUGGAGUAGUUGGUCCUCCUCCUACUAUUAAUUCACUUACAGUUGUCUCUUCUGGAAGUGAGAAACCCUCAGCAUUCGAAACUACUCCUUCAUACAUCCCAUUAACGCAGAAUUCACAAGCUUCUCAUGUAGUCCCUUUAUUUGAUACACAUACAUCUGUCAUGGUGUCUUCAUCUUCAAAUAGCAACAUCUUGCAAACAGUUGACAAAAGACUCAUAGAAGCACCCAACAGUUCGAAAAAUAAUUUAUAUGUGAAAAUUAUUUCUUCUGCAAUGGAUAAUACGAAUCUCCCAUCUACAGUACUUACUACUCACCUGCCAAUAUCCACUUCGAGCUGUGUGAUCCCUAAAGAAAAUAGUGAGUUAUUCCGUGUUACAGAUACACUUAAUUAUCCCUAUUCGGGUUCAUGUAUCCCACCCGAAAUUCCUGACACAUUGACCACAGAAUCUGCCGAUCGCAAUGGCAAAUCACGAAAUAUUUUUGAUCAAAAGAUAUCAUCAACCAAGUGCCUAGAAACCAUCGAUUAUACUAAUGAUCAAAACUAUCAUCAACAAUCACUGGCUUCUGCCUAUUUUCCCCAAGUAUCUCUUUGAUUUUCUGUUUGUUAUCAUUCGACCUUCAAGUAAAAUAAGAUAAAUAGUUUGUUUCACAUUUUUACAGCUGGCAAAUCUGCAGUUUACCAAUCAGUUCGGUUACACUUUUCUGUGUUCUUAUUUUCAACUUAUAGUCUGUAAAUUUUCUGUGAAACUAGUGACUAAAAAAGUUAUCUGUUUGCUUAGUUAUUUAUGAAUAAAGUUUUUCUAGAUGAAUGAAUUCACUUAUCAAAUUUGUUUUCAGUUCAAGUUAGCUUGGUUCGUGCUCUAGGUAUCUAAUAGCCAACUAAAUCUGAGGAUAAAGGCAUAAUUACAAAAAUAACAACAGGUUUAUCAGGAAGUGAGUCAUUAACAAAAUUUGCAUAAAAAUUGUAAAUCAUGAUGGUCUCAUACCCGUAAAAACAGGUUGUUUGCUGGGAUACUUUAUGUUAUCAUAGUCACAGGUAGUUUGUUGCUAGGAUCAUAGGAAUAUGGAACAACGGCAGUUUUAUAGAUGCAUGUAAGGUUAUUAGGCACUGUAAUGUGCAAUCAAGUAAGACUGAAACCAAUGAUAUCCCCCUGUUCGAACACCUCGCUGUAAUCCAUAAGCCUCAGAAGGAAAUCAAACGUCUUAAGGAUAAAUGAUAUUCUGUUUGGUGAGGUUGUUCGAGAGUACACAGCUGAUUGGAUAUUAUAUAUCUCGGUUAGGAGGCUUUAACAACUUAGGUUGGUUGGUUAAGAGUUCACCUCAAACAACUAAGCAUAUGUCAAUACAGUAUAGUUCAAGUAUUCACUCACCUUAUUCUGUAUAGGCGUCAUAUUUCCUAUUAUCCUAUAUUGAAUGUUGAGAGGCUUCGUUUGUCUUAACAAAUAAUCCCACGCUCGACUGUGACUGAGCGAUCCAAAUAAAGACUUAUUCACGACUUCUCUGGUUUCUUCUAUCAAUAGCACGAGGGUUACCCAGAGUCACGAAACUGGUGAGCCCUAUUAAACACUAAUUUAAUCUCAUUUUUGUUAUUAAUAUUAUUUUCUUUACUUAGUCGCAAACGUAGACCCUCUGGUUAUCCGUAAACCAAGUUGGGUAUAUACAUAGUUUUUUUUUUUAACUAAAGCUAUUCGUGUUGUAGUAACCAUUUUUCGUGCUAAUUUCGGUACUAUAUUGGUCACAUACCUCAUGUCAGACUCAAUACAAACCCAAAACCUGGAGGAUUUGUCACCAGUGGAGAUAGACACUGUUAUGACUACGAAAUCCCGACUUCUAGAAUUUGCUCCUAGUGAUCCUGAGUUGUGGUUUGCUCAACUAGAGCAUUAUUUCACGAGGCACAAUAUCAAAUCUGAAGGAAUCGCUAUAGAGACUUGUGUUCUAUCCUUCCUCCUUCAGUCGCCAAAGAAGUCUGUGACUUGAUUUUAAGUUCACCAUCGCCACAACCAUACACCAUCUUAAGACGAGAGAUAAUGAACCGUUUAUUAUUAUCAGACAGUCAAAGAAUCCAAAGGCUUUUCCAAGGAGAAACACUAGGUGAUAGGUCUCCGUGGGUGAAGCAGUCCUAAAACAAGGAUGGAUACAAGCUCUCCCAUGCUACAUCCAACACUGUUUCGAUGCACAAAAUCCUGGAACAUCCUUAUCUCAUUUAGCACGUAUAGCCGAUAAAAUAAUGGAAAGAGGUCCUCCAACUGGAUAACGCACGAUAAAUCACACACAAAAAGAAGAACCAGCAAAAGACCCAGUCACAGAAGGACUCAUUGCGAGUGUUAAAAGUCUCUCAAGUCUGGCUGUCGCCAGAAUCAAAUGGGUCAUAGAAACAGGAGUAGGUCACCACAACGACCAAGAUCCAAGUCACAAGACAGGUCAAAAAGGUCCAGACGAUCUGGGCAGUCCUGUUGGUAUCACUGGAAAUUUGGUGUCAACUCAACCAAGUCCAUGCGCCGUGCCGAAGCAAAAUUCCAAGAAAGCGGGAAACGAGUAACCUCUCCCCAGGUCGCGACGACUGAGGAGGGGCGCCUAAACAGUCGCUUGGAUUUCUUGGUAGAUACUGGCGCUGCUCUUAGUAUCAUCCCUCAAAAUAAAACUGAGCUGAGCCGAGAAACAUAUCCAAUUACACUUCAAGCUGCCAAUAAAACUAAAAUCGCGACAUUUGGGCAGAAAACUUUAACACUAGAUUUGAGAUUCAGCAGGCAAUUCCCCUGGGUUUUUACUGUAGCCGAUUUAGAUCUGGCAAUACUGGGGAUGGACUUUCUAGAGAUAUACGAAUUUCUAGUUGACACCAAGAAACGGCGCUUAACACUGAAAGAAACUUCGAAUUACACAAAAGGCAAAGAAAGUCACAUCACAUCUCUUAACUUGAUUCAAACUCCUGCAGUAACAACAGAGAAAUUCCAAGAUAUACUCGCGGAAUUUCCAAACUUAACUACACUAAACCCACAGCCUUCUAAAGGUAAGUCAUACUAUCAAAACCGAAGGUGCACUCGUGUUCGCAAAACCCAGGAGACUAGCACCAGAUAAGCUCAAAGUCGCCGGGGCCAAAUUUGACUAUAUACUACAACUGGGUACUAUCUGUCCCUCUGAUAGUCAAUGGGCAUCCUCUUUGCAUAUGGUCCCAAUGAAGAAUGAAGGCGACUGGCGACCGUGCGGGGAUCGCAGAGCCCUCAACCGCCAAACCGUACCAAAUAGGUACCCAAUACCGCAUACCCAGAUUUCACAAACGGUUUACAGGGUAUGAACAUAUCUACUAAAAUUGACUUAGGGCAUAUCACAAUAUCCCGGUGGCUGACGAAGAUAUCUCCAAGACAGCUGUUACUACACCUUUUGGCUUGUUCGAGUUUGUACGCAUGCCAUUCGGCUUGAGAAAUGCGGCACAAACAUUUCAGAUUCAUGGAUAACCUACUUCGAGAUAUGCCAUUUGCACGAGGGUAUAUAGACGAUUUGUUAAUUGCCAGCCCCGAUUUAAAAUCACACGAACAGCAUGUACGAGCAGUGUUAAAAAGAUUGGAUGAAUAUGGAAUGAACACACAUCAAAGUGUGUUUUCGGUGUUCGAACUCUAGAAUUUCUCUGUCACACAAUAAGCCCAGAAGGGAUUACACCGAUCAAAGAAGAAGUGGACACCAUCAAACAAUACCCCAUACCUAGUUCUCUAACACAACUGAGGAAUUUUUCUAGGUCUAAUUAACUUUUAUCGUAGAUCUAUACCCGGUUGAGCACAAUUAAUGCAACUUUUGACAGAUUCAUUUAAAGGAAAACCAAAAGAAUUCAAACUGUUUUCUGACGCCGUCGAAGCUAUUAAACAGCUUAAAGAUAAACUGGCUCAGGCAACUGCGUUGAUGUAUCCGAAUUCGCUUUCCCCACUUGCUUUGGUGGUGGAUGCUUCAGAUAAAGCAGUAGGCGGUACCCUUAACCAACUGAAAACCAAUCGCUUUCUCCUCGAAAAGACUCACUGCAGCAGAGAUAAGGUAUUCUAUCUUCGGGUGAGAACUUGCAAUCUACCUGACCAUUAAAUACUUAUAGUCUUUACGGAUCACAAACCACUAAUGAAUGCAUUAAAAGCGAGAGCCGAUAAAUACUCACCUCGAAAGGUCCGACACCUUGACUAUAUAUCACAGCUCACAAGUGAUACCCGACAUGUCAAAGGUCAGGACAAUCAGGCAGCAGAUGCUUUAUCUAGACUAGAAACGAACGUGCUACAGCAGUCUACAGUAAACUUCGAGACGUUGAGACACGAACAAGAACAGGAUCUAGAAUUACAAAACCCACUUAAAACAAACAAUUCAAGUCUUAACUUAAAACAGUUCCCAUCACCUAUCGAUGGUAUUCUAAUUUUCUGUGACACGACCAAGGCAAUGCCGCGACCUUUCGUUCCCAAAAAUAUGCGAAAGUUGAUAUAUAAUAACUUUCAUUCUUUGUCUCAUCCUGGCGCAAAAGCUUCAACUAAGAUAAUCAAUGCCAGAUAUAUAUGGCCGAAUUAACAGAAGGAUGUACAUAAGUGGGUUAGCGAGUGUUCAGCAUGCGAACAACCGAAGGUUAAUCGUCACACAAAUUUACCUAUAUGUGUUUUCUCGCAACCAGAUGCACGAUUUGCCCAUGUGCAUAUCGACUUAGUAGGCCCUUUACCACGUUCGAACGAUUUACCAGAUUCCCUAUAGCCAUCCCCAAAGCGGACAUCACAGCGGAAACAGUAGCCAAGGUUUUCAUGCAGUACUGGAUAAUCAUUUUUGGUACGCCCAUAACAAUAACGACGGAUAGAGGAGCGCAAUUUGAAUCCGAACUACUUAAUAACUUGGCCAAACUUCUAGGCUCCAAAAGGAUACGCUGCACUGCAUAUCAUCCUCAGGCUAAUGGGCUGGUAGAACGUUUUCACCGUCAGCUAAAAAGCGCCCUUAUAUCUCACUCAAACCCCAAUCAGUCGACAGAAUCCGUACAGUUAGUUAUGUUGGGAAUAUGAAGAUCUGUCAAAACUGACACGCAUUGUUCAGCUGCGGAACUGGUUUUCGGAACAACUCUGAGACCACAAGGUGAAUUUAUUAACCCUGAUACUAACAGUCAAAAACUUAAUUUAGAAAAUUACCCAGAUCGACCGCGGGAUUAUAUGUCCAAACUUAAGCCAAAUAAUACUUGUGAACAAUCGCGCGCCAUAUAUGUACCUAAAGACCUAAGCAAUUGCAUGCACGUCUGAAUAAGAUGUGACAAAAUAAAAGCACCACUUAGCACUCCAUUUGAAGGUCUGUGGUGGUCGGUAUUCAAUAUAAUCCUUAAACUUCGUACACAGUUCGUCUUGUUAACCGUUCUAUAUAACGCCCCAACGGUAUAUUAAUCAGAAGGCGGAUACGAAGCGUUGAUUACGUUUAUUACGCGACCACACAUAUAUAUCCAAAUGUACAGAUGCGUUAAACAAGCAUAGAAGAGUUGUG